AUGUCAGAGAAGGCAGAGUUCGAUUUAAUUUAUCAUGUGAGCGAGAGCGAGGACGAGGGGAACUGGCUUCGCAACUGCGCUAUGACUGGCGACGAUUCCUACGAUAUCGCUCAGUCGAGUAUGGUUUUGAUUAUUGGUCUCAUGAUAAAGUUAUUCAAGCACCAGCUUAUCGCGGCUAUUCGGAUGGUUUAUCAGGGGAAGGGUGAGUGUGAGGGGGGCUGGUGUGCCGGCGAGAUGGGGUUAGGCAGGCUCGGACUGACUUGGCCCAACAAGUCAGACUUUCUCACGCUGUUUGUCGCGUAUAUUGGAAUGUUCCUAGAUCAUAUCUGGGACUCUAUCGACAAGAGUAUUCGUGGCAGUGCCACAGCCGAUCGACAUAUACAACCAUCCAAAGGGCAUUCCAAGCAGCCAAAAGACGCCGCUUGUCCCGACCUUCACAGCUUCUGCUCCUCGGACAACUGGAAAGACCCGGAAGCAUUCACCCGCCUCCUGGCGGCAAUGGUGGCUGCCCAGGAUAUGAAGUCUUUCAAGAACAAUGCUGACUUUCAAUUUCCAGCUCGACUACCGCAAGAUCGCGUCCAUGUAGAGUACGGAAACGGCGCCACCUACGACUCAAUCGAAGGCCGCUUCAGCAUCAUCAAGAAGGAAGCAGUGGCCUUGAAAGCAGAAGUUGACUCCGGCGAGCGUCCCGAAGCUCCCGCCCGCGGCACCCUCUCCGCCACUGUCACGCCAAACAAGCCCAAGUCUACCGUCGGCACUCCCUCAAAGGAGAAGACCAUCGGCGGCCGCGUGGGGAAGAGCAAUAGGACUCCCACCAAGAAGCGCGGUAAGGGGAUCAAGGAGGAGCCGCAGAGCGGGUAUGGUUUCAUUCGAAUCGUCUUUUGA